AUGUCUGAGGACUUGUCCUCGUCCAUCAACAAGGACUACAAGAAGCUUCAGGAGAUGACAGGUGAGAGCCCAGUGGCAAAGGGACUCUGUGACCCUUGUGUCUGGGCAGAAAGACUGGUGGAUGGGCAGCAGGCCAUGUCAAGAUGGCAGUUGGGUUCGUGGGCAGAGCAGUGUGUCCCUGGGAUUGUGGACCAUGGGCACUUUAGUCCAUUCCUGCAUCCGCGCCACGACUCCUUCAAGUGUACCACAGCUGUCACCACACACAAGGCACUGGACAGGAGAAAGGAAGAAAAGGCCAUUGUGAGCCCUGAAGCUGCCUAUGUCACCUGCCCAAGAGACUGGAUUGGAUUUGGAGGUAAAUGUUUCUAUUUUUCUGAACACACAAGUAACUGGACAUCCAGCCUGACCUCCUGCAUGGAGCUGGGGGCCCAUCUAACUCACUUUGACAGUCUGGAGGAGCUGGCUGACCAAUGUCCCAGCAGACUGCCCUGUCAUGUUCUACCUCUGCUCCAACAACACCAACACCAUCUCCAGAGCCAGUCUUGUCCACUGAAGACACUGCUUCCCACAGCUGUCACCACACACAAGGCACUGGACAAUGAAGAUCUCCAAGGACAAUGUCUCAGAACCGUCUCCCCCGUGUCUCCUGCUGGGCUUCACUGCUGCUGUGCAGUGAUCAUCACCCUCACCGUAGCUGUGAUUGCACUUUCUGUGGCUCUGUCAUUGUCAGGGAGAAAGGAAGAAAAGGCCAUUGCGAACCCUGAAGCUGGGUAUGCUACCUGCCCAGAAGACUGGAUUGGAUUUGGAAGUAAAUGUUUUUAUUUUUCUAAACGCACAAGUAACUGGACAUCUAGCCAGACCUCCUGCAUGGAGCUGGGGGCCCAUCUAACUCACUUUGACAGCCUGGAGGAGCUGAAUUUCCUGCAUAGAUACAAGGGGGAUUCUGCUUCCUGGAUCGGCCUGCAUAGAGAUUCAUCAGAGCACCCUUGGAUGUGGACAGACAACACCGAAUAUAACAACUUGGUUCCCACCCGAGGAGAAGGAGAACAUGCCUACCUGAGUGACAAUGGGAUCAGCAGUGGCAGGAACUACAUACAUAGGAAGUGGAUUUGUAGCAAGCCCUACAACUAUACUUUACAGUGUCCAGGUGUUUAACAGUUUGUUUAGAGACUGAGUCAAUGUAAUCAUGAGAGAUCUGUAACAUGUUAUCUACAAUUACAGCCUCAUUUCUUUAACUUCUGAAGUUAUUAAAAUCAUUUCAUAAUCUGUGGUGACAUUAGAGAUGAAAACUACCAUAGAGGACUAUACUUAUGGGGACUUGGGAGACUAUGGGUGAUUCUACAUUAAAUAAGUGUUUGGUAUGGGUUUGUACUCUCAUCAUAAACCUGAAUUUCAAUCCCAU